AUGGGCGGCUACAAGUACGGAAUCGUAGUCGACUCAGGCUCGCUGGGGUCGAGAGUACAGAUCUACAAGUGGGAGGAUCCGGAUGAUUCUCAGAAACUGGCACUGGAGGAGACUCUCAGGUCUCCACCGAAGAUUAGCCAGGAGAAGGAUUGGACGUUGAAGAUAACGCCUGGGGCGUCCACAUUUGGGGACAAGCCAGGGAAGAUAUGGAAACAGCAUUAUAAAAAACUCAUGAAGUUUGCUGAAAGCGUGAUUCCCAAGAACGAGUGGCACGACACUCCAGUAUAUGUGUUGGCCACCGCAGGGAUGAGGCUCCUACCUGAGAGGCAACAGGAGAGAGUGCUCUCAGAGACGUGCAAGGCGCUCCAGAAACAUACGGAAUUCAAGAUAAGCUCGUGUUCUGACCAUGUGAAGGUUAUAGACGGUGCUACUGAGGGUAUCUAUGGAUGGCUUGCCCUCAACUACUUGAUGGGAAAGUUUGACAAUUACGAUCCACAGGCCAUUGAACAUGAGCUGGUGGGUUUCAUGGACAUGGGAGGCGCCUCUGCGCAAGUUGCAUUUGUGCCCUCUGCCGAGGAAAUCCAAAAGCACGACGAGGAUCUUUACAAAGUGAUUCUCAGAAACCAGAAUGGUGACCUUCAGAACUGGCGUGUUUUUACAGGCACAUGGCUUGGAUUUGGCGCCAACCAGGCCAGAAAACGGUACUUGGACAAUCUCAUUUCUCUUCUUUUGGCUUCUAAUGUGAAAUUCAAGGGCAAGAAGAUCAAUGACCCAUGCUUACCCCAGGGAGCUGAGAUCAAGGACUAUACAUACUCGAACAAACAGUAUACCAUCAAGGGUACGGGCCAGUAUGAGGAGUGCAUCAAGGACAUUUAUCCCUUGCUCAUGAAGCAUUUACCGUGUAAGGAAGAACCCUGUCUCUUCAACGGCAUGCAUGCACCUAAGAUGAACUUUGAGAAAGACAAGUUCGUCGGUGUGUCUGAAUUUUGGUACACUGCUAACGACAUCUUCCACAGUGGAGGUGAAUACAACUUCCACAGCUUUAACGACAAGGUACGCGAGUACUGUCAGAGCGAUUGGGACACCAUUCUCGCAAAUUCUAAGGAGGGCAAGUAUUCCAAUUUGCCGGAAAAUUUCUUGCUUGACGCAUGCUUCAAAGCAUCUUGGGUCAUCAAUGUUUUACAUGAGGGCUUCGGCUUACCUAGACUAGGCAUUGAGGUGAAUCCAGAGGAUGCUGGUGAGACCGACGAAAUGAAAGAAGUUCUGAAAGUCCACGUCCCUUUCAAGUCAGCAGACUCAAUAGACGGAGACGAGCUCUCAUGGACUCUUGGAAAAGCGCUUCUUGUUGCCUCCUCUCAAGUAGACCAUCCCAAGGGCACAGAGUUGGUGGGUAUCACGGGUAGUGCUAUAUCUGCGAACUCCGGCUUCGAAAGCGACGAUGAAUUGUAUGCAUCGUACGCAUUUAUCUACUUCUUUUUCAUUGCAUUGUUCCUUAUAAUCUUUGUUGCCAUCAGACUUGGCUACGGCAAGCUACUCAGAAGCUUUGUUCCUUCCAGAGUGCCUUCACCAAUCACACGAAUGCUUUCUGUGGCAAGAAACCGCAGUCCGCCUGAAGUGAAGAAGUACUUCAAUUCUGCAAUAAACUACAUCAAGCUCCAGGAGCAGGAAGAUGUCAAUAUUGACUUGGAGGAAGGCACUCACUUUGUGUCUUCAUCGCCGAAGCCUGGGGACGUUUCGCUGUUGAGAACAAGAUCGACUAUUAAUCUCGGCGACAUGGACGAGCCGCUUCACCAGGUCGACUUUUUCAAUAAGCCAUUUGUAAACCCAAAAAGAGGGCCUAUUUAUAAUCAUCGAAAUGAAAGUCGGGACUCCCUUCCUCGGGUCUCCAGUUUAGGGUCCAUGAAAGGCAGGCCAGAGUGA